AUGUCGAACGAUCACCGGAAUCUAGAAUCUGAAAUGCCAGUCCUUCCCAACGGGCCGAUCAAUGAAGAGAGCAAUGCCAUUGAUCCGUGUGCUCGAGAGUUUGUUGCAGUCCAAGGGAAAAUGCAGCAGGAACAACCCUGCCACUCCGUCCAGGCCGACUUCGAGCGUCUGUUCAGGGCAGAAGAGUCGUCUGAACAGCCGACAACUGUUCGCAGAGAGUUAUGGUCUUACUAUCUGUAUUAUAAUGGCGACAAUGGAGUUGGACCGGGAUCCUAUACGCAGGCACUUUUCCAAUGGGCACUAAAUGGCGCCGGAUGGCAGCCCGGAACCAAUCCUCGCAAGCCUUGUAGCAACUCGUCUCCCUGUGUGGUUCCCUGGGCAGGAGGGACUCGGUCCGUUUCCUCCGUCGUCCUGAUCGCCAAUGGUCUCUGCUUCGCCUUUAUGACGGUGAUCUUUGUCUGGUUUGGAAGUGCUGCGGAUUAUGGCUCGUUUGGCCGCUGGCUGCUCCUGGUCUUGACCGUGAUCUGCUGGUGCUUGCAGUACGGCAUGAUGGCCAUCAAGCGUCCGACUCAAUGGCCGGCUGCCAUGGGAAUGUAUGUGACUGCAUACGUAGCAUACGGCGCAACACUAGUAUUCUACGCAGCGGUCUUCCCAAGACUUGCUCGCUACAUGCCGCACGUCCAGAAAGCCCGCGAGGAUUUGAAGAACGGCGAAAUUAACCAGGAGGAGUAUGAUGCUAUCGAGUCGCUGGAAAGAAACCAUAUCAGCAAUAUCUCCACUGCGCAUAGUAAUAUUGGCUACCUUAUGACCUUGUUGAUAAACCUGAGCGUGUUACUACCGCUCCAACACACCAACUACUCUAACAAUCUUGCAUUGUGUCUGACGAACUCGUACUGGGUUAUCCUGGGGAUCUGGUGGUUCAUUUUCCAGCAGAGGCGGCCAGGGCCCAAAGUACCCAAAGGAUCGAAUUAUGCUACCAUUGGAUUUAAACAGCUAUGGCUGGCGCUUCGAGAAGUUCGAUCUCUGCCGCAGACCUUUCUGUACUUCGUUGCCUACUUCCUUCUGGCGGAUGGGCUGAACACCACAGGGACGCUGGUAUCCAUCAUCCAGAACAAUCAUGUGUCGUUUUCAUUCCUACAAAUCACGUACCUCGGGAUCACUCAGUCCGCAUGUUCGAUCGCAUCGACCUUUGGAUUCUGGUAUAUCCAGAAUCACUUCAAGAUCCGCACUAAGCGAAUGUUCCUUGUCACCAACCUCUUCAGUGUGUUGAUCCCAUUAUGGGGGAUGGUUGGGUUAUGGACGCAGCGGAUCGGCUAUCACAAUCGGGCAAGUUGGGAGUUCUAUUUCUACAACGUGGUCUUCGGGUUGUUCCAAGCGCCCUAUUAUGCGUACGCGCAAACUAUGGUCAGCGAACUCAUGCCCCUAGGCUACGACAACAUGUUCUUUGCGCUUUUCGGUAUCACUAAUCGGGCUUCCUCCAUCAUCGGACCCAACGUCAUCCAAGCCAUCAUCAACAGCACCCAAAAUAAUUGGAUGGGAUUUCCCUUUCUCUUUUCCAUUUGCGUGGCUGCCAUGAUAGCAGUUGCCUUUGUGGAUGUGGAAAAGGGCCGCGAGGAUGGCCGCCGGUUCGCAUUAGCGCGCACCACGACUAGGCUCUCGGAUGAAUCUAGCCUGGACGUGGGUAAGAAUGGAUUUUAUACGACAGUCGGAGAGCAGUCAAAUGACUCCGGCGUAAAUGGAGGGAUUGAUGGAAUAUCCUAUCGAUAG